AUGGCCUCAGUGUCGGAAGCCAAGCAAGACAUUUUGCUUCGCCAGUUGAUGGCAAGCCCGGGUUCACCGGCUCGAAAUCCGACCCCGUCCAAGUGGCAAGAUCCUCCGUGCCGUGAGCUUUUGAAUAUUCGAUCAUCGGAGCUGCCUCUUCAACGAGACAUCGUCAUCAUUGGAUCCGGCGUUACGGGGUGCAGCGCGGCUUGGUGUUUGCUGAAAGAUGGUCAGGAAAGACUGACGGUUUCGGUGCUCGAGGCUCGUGAAAUCUGCUCCGGAGCUACCGGUCGCAAUGGCGGCCGAGUUCACUGUACGGCAGUUCAGGACUAUGACACAUACUCCAAGCUGUUUGGAGAAGAAGCAGCGAAAGACAUUGUGCGAUUUGAACUGGCUCAUUUGCCUGAAUAUCAAGCACUGGCGAAGGAAGCAGGACCCGACGCAACCAAACUUUCGGAAUUGAGGGAAGUGACGGCUGUCUUGGGCGUCUUUGAAGAGGCAGCGCUUGAGGACCUGAGACGAAUGCUCCGUAACUUCAACCAGGCAUUUCCUGAUUUGCAAGGGCUAUACGAAGUUAUUGGCUCGGCAGAGCUCCGACAGAAGUACGGUCCAUCACAGGCGAUAGGAGGGCUGGUGUACAAGGUGGGCGCAGUGUGGCCGUAUCGUCUCUUCACCACUGUCUACCAAACCUUGCUCGCUCGCCAUGGUGCGAGAUUCAACCUCGAGGCCAACACACCGAUCGAGGCCGUUCGACGAUCCAAGUCCGGGCAUGGGUACUGCGUCACCACACCUCGCGGCUGUAUUUUUGCUAAGCACGUCUUGUACUGCACCGAAGCUCACACGGCACAUCUCCUUCCCAAGACGAGAGGCUUAUUGAUACCGCGCCGAGGCCAGAUGACUGUGCAGAAGCUGGAAAAUUCGAGCGCCUUCGCAGGGGGAGAUGUUUGUUGGAGUUUCCUUCUCAACGGUGUUUUCGAUUAUGCCACGCAGAACCGCCGGACGGGAGAGAUCUGGAUAGGUGGCGGAGAUCUCAGGGCGAUAGAAACCGCCGACGAUUACAUAGGAGUGGCAUCCGAUGCCCAAGAUUCCGUGGUGGCUCGAGCGCACCUGGGUGGUGUGCUUCAAGCUGUUUUCGAUGUCGACAAGCUGGGAACAGGGGUUUCGCAAGUCAACGCUGCUUGGAGUGGGAUCAUGUGUUUUUCUCUGGACCACGCCCCUCUGGUUGGUAGUCUUCCUGCGAACUCUCUGGCCGGGCGACGACCCGGAGACGCGAGCUCGAACGAGUGGAUUGCCGCAGGAUACGGUGGCUACGGCAUGGUAAAUGCCUAUCUUUGCGGGAAAGCGUUGGCACAGAUGGUCCUGGGUUCGCAGCCUCCUUCAUGGCUGCCUAAACAGUACUUGCUCACCGAGCAAAGGAUGGAGAAGUUGACCCAGAUGUUGCAGAAGAUCCAAAAGGGCGGCAUCAGUGAUAUUCGAGCAUUACUAUAG